AUGAGCGUUGCAUCCCGUACCAGAUCCAAAUUAAAGGAAAAAGAAGAAGCAAGAUUAAAGGAAGAAGAAAAAUUGAAGCAUGAAGAAGCAAUGUCUCUGUGGCAAAGGCUUCCCGAAGGAUUACCUGAUAAGAUCUUCUUGAAAUUACCAGGUAAUUCAAUCUUUUCAUCGAGAUCUGUCUGUAAGCUUUUCAAAGAUCUUCUAUCUGAACCUAUUUUUAUCAAGAAUCAUGUUAAUCUUUCGAUUCAGACCAAGACAAACCCUAAACUCUUAUAUGGUCAAUCCUCGCCAGAUAAGCCCCCUAUGAUUUACUCUGUACCAAUGGAUUAUGCUUCAAUUUCAUUAGCAUCAGCACCAUCAUCAUCCUCAUCUACACCAUUGUCAUGUGAAUUUCGUGGAGCUGUUCAGAUAAAUUACCCAUUUGAAUCUAAGAAUCCAUAUAAUCUUGAUUUUUUGGGUUCUUGUAAUGGUUUAAUUUGCUUCAAGAUUUCUAGGAUUGAUAAAGUUGAUUCUGAAAGGGGACAUGUGGAGACUAAUUAUUUUUACAGCAUCUAUGACUACAAACUUGUAGCAAUAUCGGAUAAUGAUGGUUGCUCCAACAUUGAUGUUUAUACAGUGAAAUCAGAUUCUUGGAAUAGUAUCAAGGGAACCGUCAAUUACUCAUUUGGUAUCACUGGCAAACGAUCUCAUGGUGUGUUUUUCAAUGGAGCUCUUCAUUGGUUGGCAAGUAAAACCACCCAAAAAACCUCGUCCGAAGUUGUAGUCUGUUUUGAUAUUAGCAGUGAGACAAUGCUGAACAUGUCGUUACCUGAGAAUAUUAUGCCACCUAAAGGUUUUUGCGGACCUGUUUAUAAGAAUUUGGGAGUGUGGGGAGCAUUUGUGUAG